GUUUUUUUUUUUUUUUUUUUUUUGGUUGAAGAUGGUGUCACAUGAAGAAAACACAGGUAUUGUGGAAUGGUUUCUUGGUCCGCAUCCAUACGCGUAUCCUCCUUAUGGUAUUGAGAUGAUUCAUGAGGAUGAUGAAGUAGCUCAUCAUCACCAGAGCGGUGAGUAUUACAGAGAGUAUGAAGAUCAUCAUCCUAGUAGCGAUGUAGAUAAUGAUGAGAUCAUUGCAAGAACACUCCAAGACGAUUUUUUGCAGCUUGAAAUCGCAGAAAGUAAUGAUUAUCCGCAUCAACAACAACAACACCAUCAACAAGAAGGUUAUACUAACAACUAUAGUAAUAACAACAAUGGAUAUGCUUGGAAUGAUCGGCCUGCUGUGAAUUAUUCUUCAGAAUGGGUAGGAAAUGAUAACGAUCAAGAUGGGAGGAGUGAUGAUUCGGUUAACGUCUUUUCAUGUUCAAGCCCGAGUGACACGGAUGAGUAUGUGUACUCGUGGGAAUCAGAUCAAUGUGAUGCUGAUGGUGAAUUUGGAAGGAGAUUGAAUCAAAUGGUUCCCAUUCCGUAUAUACCAAAAAUAAAUGGAGAAAUACCUCCAGAAGAAGAAGCAGUUUCAGAUCAUGAAAGACUUCGGAAUAGGUUAGAGAUGUUUGACUUCACGGAGGUUAAGGUUCCAGGGGAUGGUAAUUGCCAGUUCCGUGCUUUAGCUGAUCAACUGUACAAAACCGCAGAUCGCCAUAAACAUGUUAGACGACAAAUAGUAAAACAGCUCAAAUCUCGUCCAGAUUCUUAUCAAGGAUAUGUUCCUAUGGACUUCUCUGAGUAUCUAAGAAAGAUGUCACGGAGCGGUGAGUGGGGCGAUCAUGUGACAUUACAGGCAGCUGCAGAUGCGUAUCGGGUGAAAAUAGUAGUCCUAACAUCGUUCAAGGAUACAUGUUACAUCGAAAUUCUUCCUACCUCCCAAGAGUCCAAAGGAGUAAUCUUCUUGAGCUUCUGGGCAGAGGUUCAUUACAAUGCCAUCUACUUAAACAGAGAUACAUCUGAAACAGAGCUACAGAGGAAGAAAAAAUGGUGGCGUUUCGGAAACUAGACAGGCCAAGGAUCAUCAUCACUGGGUUACAUUAAUAUUUAUUGACUUGAGAGAGGGAUGUUCUUUGAAAUAGUCCCUUCGUAGAGAGAGGAUGAACAGAGCUCACAGCUUCAAAAAGGCUUACAAUAAUAUUAUUUUCUUCUUUGAAAGAAAGAAAAUUUUCUGCCAAAAAACAGAAUUAACAAAUGAAAUAAAAAAUACACAACAUUUUGAUCAUUUCCUUGUUCAUCUAGUCCAAAUCCGAACGAACAGUUCCAACGAAUUAACUUUUUGUCGUAUAUUAUUACUUCUAAGAAUAUUAACCUUAGGAAACUGAUCAAAAGGAUUGUGAAUGAAAUAAACAUCGAAACAAUUUCCUAAGUGAGUCUUUUGAGUGAUGGAUAACAUGACAAACCCGGAGGAGUUAACUGUGUCGCUCUAGACAUCAUCUAAAAGAUCAAUUUAAGUUAAAAAGAAAAUAAAAAAC